AUGGAAGGAACUCCGGUCGUGACACAAACUCCAAUGUCGCAAGACACGCCGACCUCCCCAAGGCGACCACCGACGGCCACACCAUCCGGCACAGGGGCCUCAGGCCAGAGCCCUCCCUCCCUGUCUCCACACGUUUCCGUCGUCGCUGGCGGCCGUGCAGGCAAGGUGCUCGACGAAAUGCCUCCUGACACGCCAGGGCUCGUCGUCGCAGCUCCCGAGCCGCAGCGGCGGUCUUGGGCGGACGUCCCGCUGGACAUCCUCGGGAUCGUGGCCGGCCGCCUCCCCUGCGUCGAGGACCGCGCCAGGAUGCGCUCCGUCUGCGCCGCCUGGCGCGCGGCGGCGCGCCUCCACCGCCCGCCGCCGCCGCCGCUCCCCCUGCUCGUCCACGCGGACUUCGCCUUCUCCAGCUUCUCCCCCGACGGGGCCACGACGGGCACGCGUCGCGUCCCGCUGCCCGUGGGAGUGGCGGCCGACGACGUCCGGUGCGUGGGCUCGUUCGAGGGGUGGCUCGCCGGCGUGCGGCCGAACAAAGGUCGCUACUUUGGCGAUGCUGAGUGCUUCCUGAUGAACCCUUUCUCCCGGGACGUGCUCCGUCUCCCGCCUCCCUCCGCGUCCUCUCAUUUCGUCGACGCCUACAGUAGAUCCCUCCCCAUCAUCGGCGGCUCUGGUGUGCUUGAGUGCACAAUCAACGCCGCUCAGUACGUGAUGUCGUUCUGCAAGGUGAUCUUGUCCUCCUCGCCUGAUUCUGGGUCCAAAUGCAUUGUGGCUGCCUUCUCUGUGCAUAGGAACGGAGCCAAGCUCGCUCUCUGGCGGCCCGGGAUGACGUCGUGGUGCGUGUGCCUUGGUGGCUGCAUCAGCAAGUUCAGUGACAUUACCUUCUACCAGGGCAAGAUUUAUGUGCUCAGCGAGCUCACCACAAACCUCUUUGUCGUUGAGACAGCAGAUGACGACGACUCUGGGCUGAUGGUUUCUCGUGUCGAGCGUUGCGUGGCCGAGCGGCCUGAGAUCAAGGGUAGCUACACACAGAGGUGGAACUUGGUAGAAUGGCAUGGAAAAUUGUUGCUCAUCGCCAGACACUUAGGUGGCGGUGAAGGCUGGCACGAUAUUUGCAAGGUUGGAGUAUAUAUGGUGGAUUUAAGCACUAAACCUCUUCAAUUCACUGAGAUUAACACCUUGGAUGGCGACUGUAUCUUCAUCAGCCCGUGCAGCAGCAAAUCGUUUGAUGCGUCGGAGUAUGACGGGGUGGAAGGCAAUGUUAUCUACUUCAUCGAUGGCUAUCUCUGCCAUGCUAAAAAUGGUCCCCCGUUUGAUAAGUUCAUGUACAACUUGAGCGAUGGUACAUUUGCGCCAUUUGCUGCAGAUUUAUCAGAGUGCAACUUUCAGGCACCAGAUGGCAAGCCGAUGAGUCAAACGUGGUUGUUUCCUUCUGAAUGA